ACAUAAGCGUGCAGAUGCCGUCGACUUUUUUCCAAAGCCACAAGGGCGUUUUGGUGCGACUUGCAAGAAAAUAAAGAAAAGCUUUUGGAGGCAUCGCGGGUAUGCCGGAGUACCAAUCAGUUAGAGCAGAUCCGCAGACGAGCGUACACGUGACUUUAUUUCAUAUCAAAUUACUUGAGAACGUGUUUAUCGAAGAGAAGAUAAAUCAGCCGACAUGAUUGUCGCCGAAGCCUGGAGGUCCAGCUACCUCUUCUGGGUGUUUCCGCUCCUCAUCGUGCUGAUCAUCCUCGCUGUGCUUGGCGUCUUCACCGUUCUCCUAGGAAUCAGGUUAUACGCGCAAUUCACCUGCGGCCGCUACCGCGGUAAAGCCAGGAUGGACGGCAAGACAGUGAUCGUGACCGGCUGCACCAGCGGUAUAGGCCGGGAGACGGCCAAGGAGUUGGCCAAGCGGGGCGCUACCGUCAUCAUGGCUUGUAGGAAUAUUGAGGCGGCUGAGAAGGUUAAAGGUGAGAUAUACUAC